AGCCAAUCACAAGCAGUGACCCCGAAAAAUUUUUCUGCUUUUGAUUCCUUUACUAAGUAUUUGUACUUCAUUUUCAAGAUGACUAGAUGAGUUCAUAUCUCUCAUGUGCGUGGCUGUCCGCUUCCCCUCCACCUCGCCUAUCGGUAUUUUUGUGACCCUCUGAGUCGGACGGUGGGUCCGUUUAGUCUUAUUAUAUUUGUUUGCGUGAAAUAUUGACCCAUAUUGACACAUCAUCCCUUUGCUUCUCCCCAAGACGAAGGUCAACAAAAGUAAUUGUUCUUAAACAUCAGAAUCUUGAAUAAAAAGAGUUGGACAUUGCAUUAGUUCCUAGAAAAUAUGGCGCCGGCUAAAUCGUCGAAGGUUGAUCCUGCUCCACCAAGAGCCUCGACUGUUGUGGGUCAACCCGUUCGGGGUGGUUCUCGGCAGCCACCAGCAGACAACAAGAGACCACAGCAUCUCACACGUGCUCACCAAGUGGAAGAUGAUGCUCUGACUCAAAUCUCCCAGGCGAGUUCAACAUUCAAGCAAGCUCAGGUAUUGCGGAUAUGCCUGCCUCGUUACAUCGUGGUGUUGCAUUCGAUAGCCCUUGUCAUCUGGGCACUAACUCUUGCGCUUCCCGGGCAUUUUCCUGGUGUUGGUGGGAAUAACUGGACACCGGCUAUAGCGAAAUUUGGCGUGGAGUUUUUAAUGAGCAUGGGUGUCGGCGUCUUGGUAGUGCUCGCUCUCCUCUUGGCAUGGCCUGUACUCAGUGUUUUCAUAAUCUGCUUUUUUCGAAACCGCAAAGAUGAUGAGGCGGCGGCGAACCCUGCAAUGUCGCUCCUAAAUUGCUGUGCGGGCAAUUGCUUUUUUGUAAUACACUGGGUACUCGUUGCUGUUGUUAGCGUUUUCAGUGUUAUGUGGUUCGCCGUGCUGAGUGCAUGGUUUGUCGAUACUGGAACAAGAAAAUUUCGCCCUGCAAGCGAACUCGGUUGGAUCGGGCUCGGAGAAGGCCUUGUUGUUGUUUCUCUUUACGUAGCCUCUCUCCGUUUGCAUCGCAUUUGGAAGAAUGUUGUCGCGGAACAGGACGAUGUGCGCGAGCAGUUUCGCCAAGCGUAUGAGAACUGGGUAGGGGACCCACGAAAACAGAGAAAAUACGUUCUAGAUGGGUUUGAAACUGCUCAAGAAGCGAUGGAGAGAAGAUGGGGAGCAAUCACAGACUUCUUCAACUACAACACGGAUCCCACAGACAUAGGUAUAAGUAGAUAAAGUCAUGUCUGUGAGGGUGCGGUAACACAACAAAAAGCGAUGAAGAUGUUUUUACACACAUGUGUUGGAAGAAAAGAUAGAAAUUCUAUUUCUUGGAUGGCUUACGGGAUGAUAUACUGAAAAGCAAAAAUUAGAAAGUAAAUGAUUACAGUGUAGCAAUCUCAAAAAUCGCAGGGAUAUGAUGAGUGUGUAAAUGUAAACAAUCUACUCAAACAUAAUUCGCACUAGGUGGCACAACUGCAGCUGCUGAGUUGGGACCAGGGAAGAGCACCACAGCAGCGGAUACGGAAGCAGGAUAUCUCGAUGCUCUUUUUACGGCACCCACAAAUGAUUCAAAAAUGAAAUCCCUUGUAGAGUAGCACUUCAGAUGAGUUUUCUUCUGGUCCUCGUCAUGUGCGAUUAGAUAAUAUAUAAGAUUUACGGGGACAACGACAAGAAGAAAACCCAUUUUUAAUCUACUUUAAUCAGCUAAAAAUAGCAUCAUGAUGAUGCAACGUUGUUGUCAUACAAUUACUACUCCAGCUCCAGCUGCGGAGGAGGGUAGUUUGUUUAGCUAAAGUUUUCUAAGGUAUGGGACCUCUGGCAGCGUGAUCCUGAGACAGCGAGACACGAGGCAGAGCAACUUCCAGACGGGGUUGCAGUAGAGGGUGUGACCAUUUUCGAAUGGCUUACUAUGUGGGAAAAUGGAGGUCAGCCAAAUGAUGCUAGUGAGGUGGUCGCAGGUGAUGCCAACAGGCCACCGAAUCUCGCCGAACGCCGCCGAAUGCGGAUGGAAAUCGAGUCGAAGCAGAUGCAAGCCAACGAUCACGACGCAAUCGAUGUCAAUGAAGCUAUUCUACUAGCUUCUACAGAGUACUCAAUACCUGUUGCACCAUUUGUUUCCUGUUGUUUCAAUUUCAUCAGGUAGAGGUAAGUAGUUGAGCUUCCGACUCCUGUCACGCUGCGAAAACUGCCUAGCCUUCUUUUAUUUGCUGCAGAGUUUUGUUCUUGUUGUUGCUAGUAAAAAAACCUAUGUUUUUGUUGUAGAAAACGUAAGGGUAGAGCGACAGGAACACGGGUGGUACAACGAUCAAUUUCAGAUUCAUAAAUAUUUUCUUUCAGUGAACGUCCUGAGAUCCGGCGGCGAGACAAACUGAUCUACAGUAACGGUAAGUUCGUAGAUGUCCCACGGAAAAAUGCCACCGCUGAGCUUUCGCUCCGUCGUCUGCGAAGGCAGUGUACAGAGUACGACGGUAUGCGCAAUAACGAUCGUGAUGUGACCGACGAGUACGAUGCGGAGUACCGAAAAAUAACAGCGUUCCGUGCGCGAACGGAUGAAUUGAUCUACAUCAAGGGUGCGUAUCUAGACACCGAGAAAGCGGAUCAUUUCAACCCUGAGAGGAACGGCACGGGAGAGGGUGGAGCGACAGGCAGGAGAAGCGUUGCGGACCCCGCUACUGCCACAGGAUACUUUGGUGGGAUUUGGGAGUGGAUGGGACUUGACGGUGAUGGUGGUGCAGAUGCACCAGAAGAAAUGGUCGACGCUGUUUCCGCACCUGGUAGUGCCCAAGGCUACGGACGAAACGCUGGCGGAGGCGCCGGCGGAGACUAUGCGGACCAUUUUGAUGACGGGCGAUCAUCAGCUCACGCGGCCGAGGCCCAGCCUCUUCUAGCGCGUGAAACUGGCGCUUCCACACGUCGGUCUAGCGCGCGAAAUGACGAGGGGAAGCGAGUGGUAGGCACCCGUAAAAACGAGAAAGGCCAGGCCAUAGUGUCGCUAAAAGAGCUUUCCAAGCUGGAUCAGGACAAGUACCGUCUCGAUGCGAUCGCUGGCGCAGCCACCACGCAGGAGCAGCAGCAAGAAUUUCUAGCGGCGGGCGAGCGUAGCUCGCACGUGGAUGCCAACUUGCGGGAAGUCAUGCUAAACGAGCGUGCAAUUGCGCAGGGCGUCGCCACUCACCCAUACCAAGACGUUCAUCGCCGCAGCACAGUAGCAGGUGGGGGCCGAGGAGUCAACGCCCAGACAGCAGGCACAGGGAACGGGGGCCGAUUUUCCGCGUCAGGCGCAAACGCCGGUCGCGGGGUGCUCGUUGAUGACGGUUUGCAAAGAGGAGUAGAAGCACCUAUACCCGAGCACGGCAGCGUCGCGGACUCCGUGCCCAGUUCAUUCACCGAAGUCUCACUCUUCGUCGGCACCGGAAACAGAAGUGACGGGGAAGAUCGUGAGAAAGCUAUCAAACCUAAGAAGCCAAAACAAAGCAAGAAGUAACUACAAACAUGACUCAUACUCACGUUGUCCGUGACCGAUUCUUGACUCCGGUAGCGAGUUUAGUCCUCUUCAACAUCUAUACACCCUCUUACAGAAACUCGAAUGCUGGAAAACAGAAACGUCGACUCCGACGAUAUUAAAAAUUAAGAAAGAUCAUGUCGAGUCGGAGUUACUCCUGACUUCCUUUCACAUGAUUCAACAUAUCUUACUCUUUAUUGCUGGAUCUCGAAAUCGAUGUCUUCAACCCUUGUUUCAACAUUCAAAUUUUCUUUUCCCAACCCCAAGCAAGACAUGCGACCAAGUCGGACAUAGUUGUUGUAUGUAAUUAUCAUGCUGGACCUGGACGGAGAGUAGGAUCCCUCGAAGUGAAUGUCAAUGAAUGUAUGUAUCUGAUUAAGUAUUUUGAAAUACACUUAUGACAUUGAUUCUUUUAUAUUCUUUCAUACACCAAGAUCGAAAGAUUGAUUUUGAUAUCCUCAGCCAUACUAAACUAUCCAUCUACAUCUUCAGAGUGAACUGCUUGAUCUUCU